AUGCAUCUCUUUUUUGAGAAUAUGAUAAUUCCACCUGGAGGCAACACCUCAUUUGAUGUGGUGUUUCUAGCUCGAGUAGUAGGGAAUGUAGAAAAUACCUUAUUUAUUAACACAUCGCAUCAUGGAGUGUUUACAUACCAGGUGUUUGGUGUGGGCAUCCCCAAUCCCUACAGACUCAGGCCCUUUGUAGGGGCCAGAGUUCCAGUAAAUAGCAGCUUCUCUCCACUCAUAAGCAUCUUCAACCCUCACAGUGAACCACUGCAGGUUGUAGAGAUGUACACCAGUGGAGGAGACCUACAUUUAGAGCUGCCUACUGGACAGCAGGGUGGCACCAAAAGAUUAUGGGAGAUCGCUCCAUUCGAGACAAAGGGUGUGAUGAGAGCUAGCUUCUCCUCUCGAGAUGCUGACAACCACACAGCCUUCAUCAGAAUUAAAACAAAUGCGUCCAACGAGGACGAGUUUAUCAUCCUCCCUGUAGAGGUUGAAGUCACCACAGCACCUGGUAUAUACUCCUCCACAGAGAUGCUAGACUUUGGUACACUUCGAUCGCAAGAUCGACCAAAACAACUGAAUUUGCAUCUGUUAAAUUCAGGAGCAAAAGAUGUAUCCAUCAUGAGUGUUAGGCCAACUCCGUCGAAUGAAGCGGUCACAGUGGAUUUCAAGCAAAUUACACUAAAAGCUGGAGAAAGCCGAUAUACCAAAGUUGCGAGUAUUAGUUUUGAUGCUUCAAAAGCAAGGAGAUCAGACCAGUUUUCUGGAAAAAUAACAGUGAAGGCAAAAGAGAAAAGCUACUCAAAACUUGAAAUCCCUUACCAAGCUGAAGUUUUAGAAGGGUACCUGGGCUUUGACCAUACAUCCACCCUGUUCCACAUCAGAGACAGUCCUGUAGAUCCAGUGGACAGGCCCAUUUACCUCACCAAUACUUUCAACUUUGCCAUACGCAUCCACAAUGUGUCCCUUCCAGAAGAAGCCAAGACUAUGUUCAAUGUGCAUAAUUUCAGCAUGCCAGUUCUUAUCCCUGCCCAUGAGUCCCGCUAUAUUUUCUCCCUUCUGUUUCGACCAGUGCGACCCUCCAUCCACAUCGACAGCAACAUUCUCCUCAUCACUAAUGCUUCUAAAUUCCACCUGCCAGUCAGGGCCUACACAGGCUUCUUGGAGCCCGUUGUUCUUCCUCCCUGUCUUCGAGAUCACAUCCUAGACUUUGGAGUGCUUAGUGCUACAGACACCAGCAGUUUGGUGUUUGUGGUGGUCAACAGCAACCCAAUUGAGUUGGAGAUAAAGUCAUGGUUGGUGACAGGAGACAGUCUGUCAAUGGAGUUACUUAGCACCGAAAGAGGGAACCGAAGUAUAGCACUGAGCAGAACACAAGAGCUCCAGAAGACAUCAGCAGCCCAAUACAAAACCGUCAUUUUAGCCUCAGGCUACUACGCAGCAUUUAAAGUCACUUUGGUAGCUAAAGCUCUAGAGGGAGUUUAUGAUGGAGCAGUACAUAUUACAACAGACUAUGAGAUAUUAACCAUCCCUGUAAAGGCUCUCAUAGCGGUAGGAACAUUAAGCUGUUCACCCAAACAAAUCAUUCUUGUAUCUUUGGUUGAAGCUUUCUUCGAAGUGAACACAGAUCUGCAGAAGAAUGUGCAGGCCAAAAUCUUAGCGCAGCUCACAUGGCCCUUGCUGGUUAACUCAUCACAACAGAUUUAUUUUCCUCUCACAAACACCAACAGCUCAUCGGAAGAGGAAGUGAUUCUAGAAAACCCAGCUGAUGUCCCAAUCUACGUUCAGGUUCUUCCUGUGGCUCUUUACCCAAAUCCCACUGUGUUCACAGGCAGACUUGCCGACAGGUUUCCUUUAGGAAGGUUGUCUAACAUCAACAUUGACACAAAUACACUGGAAUUCCAGGUCCAUAAAAAUCACUCUUCAGGGAUGAAGAGUUUCACAGGAUUUGUUGAAGGCUUAACUCGGCCCUAUGUAUACAACAUGCUCCUUAUGCCUGGUGAGAUAAAGUCCUUCAACGUGAGGUUCAGACCCAUCACUGAUCACAGUGUCUCUUCUCUGCUAGUCGUCAGGAACAACUUGACAGUAGUAGACUUGAUCGUGGUUCAUGGACAAGGCACCACAGAGAGUCUGAGACUGGCUGGUAAAGCCCCAGGUCUCGGCAGCUCUCUGAGGUUUAAGCAUACAGAGGCAUUGCUCAAAGACUGUUCAGAAGCUAAAGCCAAGGAACCGAACUUCACUCUUCGAAGGACUUUCAGGCUGGAGAACACAGGGCUUCUCCCAAUUCACAUUCGGUCUAUGGAGAUCAGUGGCAGUGCAUGUGAGGGUUAUGGCUUCAAAGUUCUCAACUGUGAAGAAUUUGCACUCAAACCAAACACUUCAAAAGACCUCGUCAUACUGUUUACACCAGAUUUCACAUCAUCCAGAGUGAUCCGGGAGCUGAAGUUGGUGACUGCGGGGGGUUCAGUGUUUGCGUUUGUGCUGAAUGCAUCAUUGCCAUAUCACAUGCUGGCAGUGUGUGCUGAGACCCUUCCCCGACCCAACUGGGAGCUUGAGCUCUACAUCAUCGUCUCCCUCAUUAUGAGCUCCAUGUUCCUGCUAGUCAUCGCUACUGCCUAUCUGGAGGCCCAGGGAAUAUGGGAGCCUUUCAAACGACGGAUGUCUGUGGAAUCCAACUCUCCCAUGGAGACUGGAAAACCAUUUGAUCUCAGGGAAAUUGUACGAAUUCAAAGUGAUGCUAACUUGAAUGAUUUUGCCGACUCAAACCAGAACUCAACAAGAGGAAUGUACGGGUCAAGCGGUGGCGUGCGGGCUGGGGGUCGACAGGGUGGUCCGCACUCCAGUUCCAACAGCAGCGGUGUUCUGCCAGACAGCAAGCCCAGAUCUGGUUCAGGCCGUUCUGGAUCUAUGCAACACUCCUCCAGCUUUCCACUCACUAAAGAUAGUGGCCAAGGACUGAGUCAGCUAACUAAUCGAAGAGCCCGGAGUUCCAAACAGCAGCAGCAGAGCUCAGGCCUCCUGGAGGACCUCCCGAGCUCAGGACCUUCACAGUCCAACAGCACAAGGGCCAACAGUACAGAGGAACAGGAUUACAGCCGACUUCUGGCAGCUAUGGAUAAAGACCUCGACAGGCCUGAGUCUCCUGCCAUUAACGUGUCUUUACAACACAAUUCACAACAGUAUUCACAAAACAAAGUGCUUGAAUCAAAAGGGAAAGUGAAGAAUAAAACAAAAGCUCUUAAAAAGAAAGAGGAGAAAGAGAGGAAAUCAAAGGGAAAGACUCAAGGAGAAGAUUUAAAAGAGCCACUGGCAGACAAUGAUGACAGCUCUUCUACUACCACAGAGACCUCUAACCCUGACGUGGAGGCCAAUAUUAAAGAGGAGCCAGUGAAAGUGAAAGGAAAAUCAGUGUCAGUGGACAGUGGAAAAGAAAGAGAAGAAAUUACUCCCUCUCCUACUAAACCAAAAACUAAGAAACCACCAACCACAAAGAAGGAGAACCAAGUGGAAAAAUCCAGCUCUCUAGAACUCCCUUAUGUCACUCCCCUGGAAAAACAGGAUAAGCAGCGCAAGACCUUCACCAAAACCCUUGCCAAUACAGGAAUUCACAGUGUCCCCAAACCACGAGCUCUGAGCAAAAUCAGUGGGAAGAUGAGUGAUGACCGGCCAUCUCCACUUGGAAAGUUUGUAGUCAAUGGCUCCAUGCAGGAACUGGGUCAUAGCAGCGGAUCAGAUGGAGAGAAAGAGUCCCCGCCACCAGAAUGGGAUGAUCCUCUCAUCAAAACUGGCAGCCCAGCCGACAGUCUUCAGCAGAUAUCUAUGCAGACCAUGCAUGCAGACCCCUUCCUGAAAGGCCCCAGUUCAGUAAUGCCCAGAACCUGUUCACCACCCCCGACCUCCCCUAGCCUGGUGCCUCGUGGAAGCUAUGGCAGUGUGCCCCACACCAGCAGCGAGGCUAAUUUAAAGAAGGCUCCAGGGAAUAAGCUCACCAAGUCAGCCUCUCUGCCUGGUCAAAAUGGAAAUCCAACUUUUGCAGCUGUAGCUGCUGGCUAUGACAAAAGCCCUGGUGGCAGUGGCUCAGCUAGUAAAGCUGACAGUCUGGGGAAGGUACCACUGUCUCACAUGACAUCAGUGGAGAGUGACGGAUCUGACUGCUCUGGACUGUGGAGCCCAAUAGACACCACCAGCCCCCCCAGUUUUGGACCGGUUAAUGCUUUCUCUGCUUUUGGACCCAACAACCCACUUAAUCUUUCUGGAGUUUUCAGAGGCAUGACUGUUCCCAAGAGUUCAGAGCCCCAGCAGAGUUGGCCUGACUACACUCCAGUUUCCCCAUCCAUCUGGGAUACUGAGCCUAGUAAUUCCUGGGCUACCAGCACUGGAUCUCCAGCAACUCCAACAACUUCCAUUUUGGGGAGUGCGCACAGUCCUUGGUCCUUCAGCAGGUCCAUCUGGUCCACUGGCAACGACUCCACCCUGCACUCCUUCAACCCUCCUACUUCCUCCGCUGUCCCUGACUUGGGCAGCCACACUGCACCACCCACACCUGCCCCCAACGACAUAGGCCGCACCUACAACCCCUGGAGCAUGGGUUGGUCUCCCUCACUCAAUCGCUGGAAUUCGGAGCCUUGGCCUAACAGCCCCGAUAACAACGGCAUCUGAGACAGAACAGCCCCACUGAGCAACAAAAAAUGCAGUGGUUUCUAAUCUUAUUUUAUUUUUCCUGGUUGAACAGUGUGUUGUACGCCAACAUCAUUUUAAUGAUUGGAAAAAAUCAUGAAUUGUAAUGGUACAAAUGACCACUGGAAACCCAGUGUUGCAUUUACAAGUCCCCCUCAAAAUUCAGUCCUAUUUAUUUUAGUGGGGCAUGAUAAAAAUGCCUUAAGUUCCAUUUUAACUGACAAAGUGAACGAAAGAUUGAAGACAUUGGCUUAAAGCUAUUGCCCUUGUAGGGGUGUUUUUCUUUACGAUUUUAGAGAUUCCCUGUUUUGAGUAAUACUGCAUUGUAAUUAAAGUAUAUGGUCCAGUAUUACUGUAUUAAAAUGCAAGAUGCAGUGUUACUCAACCUUAAAAUAAGCACUUUGCGUAAAACCCCACUCCUACAAUGCUGUCAUUUUGGUUUAAGAUGAUUGAAUUCAUUUUAGAGCAUUUUCUGACCACACUUGUUGGUUGAUUUAAUGUUCGGAAAGAUACAAGUGGUUGCUAAGACUACAAUUACCACAUUGAUUUGAAACGCAUUCAGGAUUGAGAUUUGAUUUUUAUUUUAUUUUAAUUGCCCUCUGCUUAAAGUGAAAAGCUUCAUUUGCUGAAAUGGGCUUUUAAUUUGAGGGCGCUUAAAGAACCUGAAAUGUGUUCUGUGCAUCAUUCAUUUGUCACUUCAAGAGUGAACGUUUGGUCACACUGGUUGAAAUAAACAUAUCAGGCUGGAA